AUGGCUCGUCAAGGAAGAUCAGGAGGUGGCCGAGCUCCUUCUCGCCCAACCGUCGCCCCCAAAAGACCAGCAGCGCCUCCUCAGCAACAGACUCGCCCUGCGACCACCGCAGCCCAUCCACCACAGCAACAGGCUCCUCCUCCCGCGGCGCAACAGGGCUCCGCUGGUCCAGGUCUUUUCGGUCAGAUGGCUAGCACUGCAGCAGGUGUUGCCGUCGGAUCCUCAAUUGGCCACGCAAUCGGAGGUUUCUUUGGUGGAGGGUCAAGCCAGCCAGCUGAACAACCAGCAGACAACGGUGCCGUGGCUUCUCAAAACGGGCAGGCAGCUCAGAACAAUUGGGGUACAAAAAGCUGCGACGUGGACGCACAGCAGUUCACAAAGUGCAUGAAUGAGAACCAGGGUGACUUGCAGACAUGCAGUUGGUACUUGGAGCAGUUGAAAGCUUGCCAGAGCGCUGCCAGCCAAUACUAG